UUUACAGUCAGGUAGCUGAUUAGAUGACAACCUCGCACUGCCUCCAGAGGACUGUUGCUUGGCAACCGAUUCGCUUUGUCCAGCUGAGCUGACACAGCCUUUACUUGUCAGGUAGUAAAAGAAGUUGGCAGUGCUGCUUUGGGGUUUGCCUUUUCUUCUUGGCCUGCCAACAACACCGGCAUCUCUCAAUUGGUUCCCAAGUUUGUCUUGGGGUGGAAGCUGAGACAACACAGAUAGGAAAAACCCUAGUCUUCCUUGGAGAAGUUCCCGUCUGGCGGAGUCAGAGGUAGAAAAGAAAGUCAAUGUUAAAUCCUAAACUUAGCAGACAUUUGACUGGGGAGUGAGUAACUGUAAACCAGGGGUCAGAGGGUGACCAGAGACCUCAGUCAGGAGCUCUGCCCUGAGUAAACCUGACAAGUUCCAGGACAGGUAGCAAUCUCACUAUGUACUCCAAAGCUUACAUCUUGCUGAAAAGAGACUUCAAGGAGUUACAACAAGACAAAAAAAAGGAUAUUGUUGCUUAUCCUGUAAGUGAUGAUAUGAUGAGUUGGAAAGCUGAGAUUGAAGGUCUACAGAAUUCAGUUUGUGAAGGAGUUAUUUUCCACCUGACAUUAGAUUUUUCACAAGAGUACAACUUGGUUCCUCCAGUUGUGAAAUUUGUAACAAUUCCUUUUCAUCCAAAUGUACACCCAUAUACCGGUAAACCCAACAUAGACUUUUUGAACAAGCCUGACAAAUGGAACACAAGUUAUUCUGUACACAGCAUCUUACUUGAUCUACAGUUGUUGCUUUCUUACCCCACCCUAGAAAAUCCAGUGAACUUGGAAGCUGCCCAACUGUUGACUAAAGAUGAGCCUAUGUAUAAAAUAGUAAUACGGGAACUUCUCCUGCCAUCAUCACCAAGAAGAGAAGACGGCCUGGUGGUAGCUGAAAAGCCACAGGAGAAAAUCAGGGUAAUUAAAACAAUCUCAUUUAAUGAUUACUACAAGACAUGGUCUGAGAUAGCCACGACAAAAAUCGCGGAACACUCCAAAAAUCCAUUUGUUGGAGAUCCGCAUUUCAUGGGACAGUAUUACAAAUGGAAGCAGCAGAAUCGGAAGAAUCAAGUGCAAUGGAACUCAAUGUUUGUGCUCUCAAAGUAUCAGGCUGAUAGAAAAAAAGUAAUGGCUCAGAACAGCAGAGAGCCCUACGACAAAGAGAUCACUGUCCACCCAUCUCCCACUGAACUUUCUUUUGAUCAUGAACUAAAACGUGAACAAGGGUUUUAUAAAGUACCUCAGGAGUGGUCAGAGGAAAACUUGCCAGAACAACAAGACUCAGAAGAGUCCUGGGAAGAGGAAGCGGAUAACCUGGUCACCUGGACCAAUGGUCUUGAUGAGGAAUCUUUGAACUAUGAGUACUAUGAAAACACUGAUAACUAUGAGAACUUGGGCAACUAACACACAAGGACUUUAUACACUGUCCAGUUACAGUGCAGCCUCAGGGAACAGUUUUGGGAGAUGCUCAGGACUUGGCUGCUGCUCUUUACCCCAGUUGAUCUCAUCUUUCUGGAAGCACAAAAUAUAAAAUACAAGUAUAAGUCA